AUGUCAUCAAUAAAUAUGGAUACAAUAACCGAUAAAAAUUCUAUUGCUGGUCCAUCUCUUCCAACUACACCUUCAUCAACUUCAAUUACAACUCUAAUUUUACCAAAAGAUUUACAAAAAGUUUACGAUGAUUUGAAUCCAUCGGAACGUAGGCAUUACGCUCGUCAAAACAGCGACGAGGAUAGAAUGGCUUUUCUUGAAGUGAUACAAGCUGCGACAAAGAAAGCGAAAAAGGAAGAACGCAAAAAAGGAGAAUUUAUCAUUGAAAUUUUUGCAAGUUCAGCCGUCCUAUUCGUCAUUAUUAGUCUUAUUGUGCUUAAUGCAAGUUCCAAUGCAAGUUCCAAGAAUGAAUUUUAUGAAUUAUCUUCAUACAUUAUUACAUAUUUAGUUCAAUUUCUGGCGAUUAUAUUGGAAUUAACCUCAGGAAUCACUUUGGUUGGUCCGGAAAUAUUGUUUUCUGAUAUAAUUUCAUGA